AUAAGUAAGUUUAAAGGUGCAAGCAUACUUACCAAUGAAAUGUAUUCUAAAUGAUUACUUACAAUGGCAUAACGUGAAAUUGGACGAGGUAGAAUACCCUUGUGAUGGGAAUCGCAUAGUUAACUUGAAAGUGCUUAGUGAAAACUAAUUGGGAUGGCGUGAAGAAAUAGUAAAAAGAUGAUUGGGAAAUGAUGCGGAAAUGAUGACAAGUUAAAGGAGAGCAUAAGACAAGUGACAGGAAAUAUAGGAACUAAAAGAGGUAAAGUAUGAGUUGAAAUUGUUGUUCCACCGUCGAUGAAGCAGCCCCUAUUAUCGAUCCCUUGAAGGUAUCCUGUGGAACAACAAACCGUUACUAUGACUACUGCCUGCUGCAUACGAAGUCGGCGCCACGUUUGUCCACGUUCUUCUUGUGUUCCUCGUUUCUAGCAAGCAUUAGGUAUGCGUUGCUUUGGUCACGUCGUUGAGAACAUCAAACGCGUCUACGCGAUUGGAGAGAUAAUCAAAUGAACCGAUCGAGCGAAAGGACCCAACGACGGAGUGCGGUGGACGUCUCUCGCAGAAACAACUUCAGCAGCUCCCAAGAGUCUUCGUCGUCGUCUGACAGUAACGAGAACUUACCGUAUACAAAGAGCACCAGCACACCUGUGAGAAGCAGGUGGACGGACAGUGGUGAAGCUAUCAGCAGGUCAAGAAACAGGCAGAGUCCAUCUGAUACCGAGGAUACCGAAGAAGAGUCCUCUGAUGAGAAGGAAUUGGAAAGCCCUCGGAGACACAAUGAAGAAACACACGGUAGCCGAGAAAAGCAUCAGGAUGAAAGAGUUGCUCAAAAACAGAAGAGAAGACACGAUCGUCGUGGAAGACGGAGACACGAUAAACGCUUCGAAGACUCUGAAAACGAGGAGAAGAAAGAAACGAGUCCCCAGUCUUCUGGAAAGCGCUAUGGGGAUGGUGAUGCCGACCAUUCGAAAAGAAAAAGUCGGGACUUUCAAGGAGAGAACGAGUUGCCAAUCACGGAGAUACUGAAGAGGAGCCAGGAGAACGCGCGCACUAAGUACGAGGACCAGCCACCCCUUCCAGAGUUGACUACGGAUAAAAUUUACGUACAGUACAGGGAUGGUUUCAGCGCCAUGAAAAUUAGUCGAUCGAGAGGUUCACGAGCAGGGAGGAAAACGGAAACGGAUGACGGGAACGAUAUCGUUGAGAAACGAGAUUCUCCGCCCAUAAGGGUGGCCAUUAGGUUUCAACAAUGUUCAAAGAGCAUCGGUCUCGUCUUUCAGGGCCUUUUGGGUGGCAUGGCGCUCAUGCACUUCAUAAUGCUAAACGUCCUUUUCGAGACUUCCAUGGAAUUCGUCAUAGAUCACUCGACAAUUUGCGAGAUCUACGCCAACAUAUUUUCCUUCUGUAUUGCCCUGUGCAUCGUCUGCACUCUUGACAAGUACGUCACAAUAUUUUUACAAAUGUGUUUCGUUCUAUUUACUUGUUCACUUUCUUCCAGGUUCGAUUUGGCUCGAUUCGACAUGUAUCACUUGCGCGAGAUCUACUCCGACUACAACAAAGCAGUGAUCGCGGUUCCUUUAUAUCUGAUCGUAUUCUGCCUUCAUCAGAUUUCUUCGGGAACCGACAAUCGACUCGCAUCUGUGCACUAUUACAACGCAAGCGACACCGUGUGGGAGAAUGUAAGCUCGACCAAAACAUUUACAAUGAAAAAAGAAAACUAUCAACGAUACUACUUACGUUUCACUUUAGGUUACCCGUACGCAAAAUCUCGUGAACGAUUUAACCAGCUGGCAGAAGAUAUCGAUGUCAAAGGACAUACUAGCUAUCUUCGCCUGGCUGUUCGUUUCCCUCAGCACCAAGGAUGACGCGUUCCUGAUUCACCUACGAUCCAUGGAGAAGUACGCCAACGACGUCGAAUCUUCUCAACGAUAG